CAAGUGUGUAAAACGGGGACGCAGAGCCACACUUGACGAUUUCAUUCAUUCAACAGCGAAGAUGGAGGUUCAAUGCCUCGCACUGAAAGACCUCUCAAGUCCAAGGAAGAGUUCAACGGUGGGGCCGGAGGAGGAGGAGGAUGGGGCUCGCGGGGAACAAAAGGAGAACAUGUGUGCAGAGAAGAGAAAAUCAACACCGCUAAAAUCUGCAGAGUCCACCCUUCCUACUUUGCUGAUCAACAGAAAAGGUGCUCCCUCUGAGCUCACCCACAUUACCCCCAUCAAACACACGUCUCUGACCGAACCCUGGACACCAACGGCUAACCUGAAGAUGCUGAUCAGCGCGGCAAGCCCAGACAUCCGGGACAGAGAGAUGAAAAAGGUGCUGUUUAGACCAAUAGAGAAUGAUAAAGACCAGCCAGCGAGCCCAGAUAAUGUGGUGGAGGAUCCAGAGGUGGAAGAUUCAUCCGGUAGCAACAGGAAAGACAAAUCUCUGCGCAUCAUGAGCCAGAAGUUUGUCAUGCUUUUCCUGGUCUCCAAAACACAGACUGUUACCCUGGAUGCAGCAGCAAAGGUCCUCAUCGAGGAGAGUCAGGACUCAUCAAGUCACAGCAAGUACAAAACUAAGGUGCGGCGUCUGUAUGAUAUCGCCAACGUGCUGACCAGCCUCAGCCUCAUAAAGAAGGUUCAUGUCAGAGAGGAGAGGGGCAGAAAGCCGGCCUUCAAGUGGCUCGGCCCGGUUGAAUUCAGCAGCUGUGUGAAUGCUGGAAACACGUUGAAUGUAGCAGCCAUCGCUUCAUCUGAGUCUGCACAGCCACUAGCAGGACAGGAGCUCAGAAAAGCAAAAAUGGCACGUCAUGCCUCCUUCAGCAUCACGCCAACAUCUGUUGCAGUCCAGCGGCAGGUCAGCUCCGCACCCAGCAGCCCGAGGCGUGAAGUAACCGCCCUGCAAAACCAGCCUGUGGAUUAUUCCAGAAGGACUACAAGCAGCAGUGCAGCGUGUCAGCUGCAGUUUGGAAGUAAUGCUGACAACCGACCCGGCACACCACCGCAGACGCAGCUCAUACACAACAGCACUACUGUCCUUUCCCCCUCCUCCACCCAUUCCACCCUUCUGGCACCACACCCCCACCCAGAGCACCUCUUUGCUGCUUCCCCGUCUUCCCAUUGCUUGGCCUACCUGCCCAGCCUGUCCCAACCCUCCGUGGUCAUGCUGUACAGACCGCCAGAAACGCCCAACCAGAUGCUCGAAGGUCACACCUCACCCAGGUUGGAGGCAACGAAGAGGAAGAAGGAAGAAAGAGAGGAGGAGGAGAUGGUGCUUAAAAAGAAGGGGAAUUCUGCGUUAGAGAAAUGUGAAAAGACUCGAGCUGAAGCUUGCAGGGAAACAGCAGAGUGCUCGCAAGCUGGUACCAGGGCUUCUCCCAGUCGAGCAGCAGGCCUCUGCAGAGAGCAGGUGAUCGGCGAGAGUGGAGGUGGCAACAGCAGCAGUGAGCAUGCUCAGCCGUCGCACUACCUUUACGUCCCCAACAAUGCAGGAUUAAAUGGCCUCAACUUCCUGCUCUCAGCUGGACAACCAGCAGCCAGUCUAGCACUUCCUCCCAGCAGUGUUCCCACCUUGGCACUGCCCUAUGUGCUGGUACCAUCUGCUGCCCUCUCCCAUUACCCCCUGGUGGCCGGCGGUCUACAGCAGCAAGGCUCUGAUGCUCACACAAAACUGAGCUUUGGUCUGCCUGCCAUGAUGUCACCUGCCCACUUCAUGGUGGGGGGGGCGCCGUAUAGUGUGGUGCCGGUUCCACCGCCGUCCACUCCAGAACAGAGCGGGCUUUACAGGUCGUCAGUUGGCACGCCACAUUCUCCCUCGAGACCACGACCGACCAUCAGCAUCAACACGCCAGAACCACUGACUCCACAUACGCCCAAGGAAACC